AUGGCUCUUUCCAUUCUCACGGGUUUUUUAAACCCACGGGUUUUCCAUUGGAGAGUGCGAGCCACAGAGAAAGUGGUGGAGAGGAGGGAGAGGAUCGGGUCCCACCCGGCAGGUGUCGGAGGAGCGGCGGGAGCGCGGCUCCGAGCCCCGGUCCCGCCCCGGGCACGGCCGGAGCAGGAGCGGCAGCGCCGGAGCGGCUCCUCCCGCCCGCGGCGACCCAGCGCCGCUCGUUCCGCGGGGCGGCGGGACCGGGGCUGCGGGCACGGGGAGGGGGAGGCGGCAGUGCCGGAACCGGGGGUUCGCUGCCCUCUCGGGAUUCCCGGGUUCGGUUCGGUUCGUGCCCUCUCGGGAUUCCCGGGUUCGGUUCGGUUCGUGCCCUCUCGGGAUUCCCGGGUUCGGUUCGGUUCGUGCCCUCUCGGGAUUCCCGGGUUCGGUUCGGUUCGGUGCCGGCCCUGCCCGGCAGGGGGCGCUGCGCUCGCGCCGCCGCUCCGUGUCCGCCAGGGGGCGCCCCGCGGGCGGGCGGCGCUGAGGGAGCGGCGGCGCCGGGCGGUCCCGGGGCGGUUCGGGCGCUCCCCGCGCCCCGCCCGCCUCAGCCGCGACCCAGCGCCCGCUCGGGGAACCGCCGCCCUCCUCCGGCACCGGCACAGCCCCGGCUCCCCGGGCGGGACCCCGGCCCCGCGCCGGCCGAAGCGGAGCGGCAGCGCCGGGCUCGACCCCAGCGCCCGUCCCGGAGCGGCUCCUCCGCCCGCGGCCAUCCCGGACCCAUCCCGGUCCAAACCCCCAUCCCGCCCGCCGAGAAAAAACCGGCUCCGCCCGGGACCCCCAGCAGACACCGGCAGGACCCGGACCCGAAUUCCCGGGCCCGGAUUCCGGUACCGGCCCCACCUCAGCACCUCGGGCUCCACGCAGCGCUCCGAGCGCCGGUCCGGCCGCACCCGGGACGAGCAUCCCCCACAGGCAGUCCCAGAACCAGGCCUUUGCUGCUGCUGCGCUGGCGGCGCUGAAACCGCCCGGACCCCGGGGUGCUGGCAGGCCUCGUUCGACCAGCAAACGCUUCAGAUGUGGUUGGUCUGGCCGUGUACGACGGGAGUGCCGGACUGCAAACGUGUGGUGCCGUGACUGCCAGCUCGACUCAUUCUACUGAAGCCUGCAGAUGUAAGAGGGGACACGGGCAGAAGAGUGCGAGGGGACGCGGCUCCAAGACACCAACUGCGACCCAGGCCUCCCAAGCAUUCCCAGCGCCCCUCCCUACUCCCAGCCAGCAAACUACGGCCUGCCACAAGAGGGAGCCUCGGCUUGGACUUGGCAGCUGCAAUAGAUACUGCGUUAAAGGAUACCAAGCAGGUAAAGAUUCCUGCUGGAGUACCUGGACUCUUGAUUGAUUAAAUGGACAAGCUUACAGAGCUCUGUUGUUAGGUCAAUCCUCAACCACCUUGCAGGGCUUGACUGUUGAACCUGGAGUUAUUGAUGCAGACUAUAUGGGGGAAAUCAUGAUGAUGGCUCAUACACGUUUUCCCCUAUGAGUAUUCCUGCAGGAAGCCGUAUAGCCCAGCUGGUCCCGCAACAACAGCUGGUUAAGGAGGCCCAGGGACCAGUGCGAGGAGCUGGUGGAUUCGGAUCUACAGGAGGCUUGGUACUACUUACUCUUACAAUGGAACAAUGUCCAGUGGUGGAGGUGUAUCCCAACAUUUGUCAAACUGUUUUGCAGUAAUGGGGGUCCCUAAACUAUUGAAAAUGGACAAUGGCCCCACAUAUACUAGUGAGAAAAUAAGGAAGUUUUGCCAGCAGUGGGGUAUUUCUCAUGUUACUGGUAUUGCUCACUCCCCAAUAGGCCAAGCCAUUGUGGAACGAGCCCACCAAACUUUAAAAAACUAUUUGAUGAAAUUUAAGUGUGAGAUGGACGUAUAUUCAUUACUUGCCAAAACUUUAUUUGUACUGAAUUACCUGUGCU